AUGGCGGAGCGGGGUGAGGAGGCUCCCGCCUGCCUCACAGAGGACAUUUUAGAUGAAGCAACAAGGAAAGACCUUUUCACCGACACUUUCUGUAAGGUUUGCAGGACAGUGCUGCAGUUUGAGUCUGAAAGGAUAUCACACUACAAGGGCAAAAAACAUUCUCAGAAAGUUCAUAUUUACAUCCAAAUGCGUGGAGAUAAGAGGCAGAAGAAAACAGAUGGUAUUGAUUUUCAGGUGACUGGUGAAGCAGUGGACAAAUACAAGCACUGCAGUCUCUGCAACAUGUCGUUUACUUCCCCAGUCGAUGCUUUGUCUCACUACGUGGGAAAGACCCAUGCUAAAAAGAUGAAGCAGUUCUCCAAGGAAGCCCACAUGCCAGCACAGGGCAUGCAGAUUGUUCCUGCUUUACAGCAGCCACUGUGUGAGAAGCCCUUGCAGCCUUCAGGAGCUGAAGAGUCUUCAUCAUCCUCCAACACAAGGUUGAAGUUUAAUGAUCCAGACAAGUUCUGCAGGCUCUGCUGUGCUUCCUUUAAUAAUCCAACUAUUGCCCAGGAGCAUUACAGUGGUAAGAAACACAGAAGAAAUGAAGCACGGAAGAAGCUAAUAGAGGAGCUGGGAGACAAAGCCGUCCCUGCAGAAUCCAGCACAAGUGCUGGUUAUUACAUUUGUCCUGUAUGUAAUAUCACAAUUACAUCUAUAGAAACAUACCAGUCCCACCUGCAAGGAAAGAAGCACAGGAUUAAAGAAACAAUGCUAGCUAAUCUCAUGAAGAAACCAAACAAACCCCGUUACUCCUUGCAAGAUGAAUUAAUGGAUUGCGUUGAUGUUCAAGAGGCUAAAGGGCAAGAGCCAACGGGGCCCUUAGUAAAAGUAGAAGAGGAAUGGUUUCAAGAUAUAAACAUCGAAGGCUUCCGAAACAGAUUAGAGGAGUAA